CUGUGUACGAGUCCAUCACGUCACGCACGCACGCACGCCCCGCGCGCGGCCAGGCUGUGCUGGUGCUGGGAGCUUCGUCCCCCUCCACUCUCGCCAGCUCCCCGGGCCUGCCCCGCCCCGCCCCCACUCCGCCGCCGACGUAAGCACACCCAGCACCCUCCCCUCCCCUCAAGAUCCAAGGCACGCUCGCUCGCCCCCCACCCGCCCCGCGCAAUGCCCCGCUCCUGACCAUGUCCUCGCUCUCGAUCCCGCCUCCGCUCCUGCGCUCCUCGCACUCCCCAUCUCCGCCGGCGGCGGCAGCGGCGAAGGCGAAUUGGAGGAAGCGCGCGGCGCGCGUGCGCGUGCGCGCUCCGGUGGCGGCGCUGGCCGGCGACGGCGGGUGCGCGGGGACCGGGAUGGAGCAGCAGCAUCUCCAGGCGGGGAGCGCCUCCGGCAGCCCAGUGCGAGAGAAGCCUUUCAUGUCCAACAUUGGGAAAUCAACUAAUAUUCUAUGGCAUGACUGCCCAAUUGGGCAACCUGAGCGACAGAAAUUGCUGGGGCAAAAAGGAUGUGUCAUAUGGAUCACAGGACUCAGCGGUUCAGGGAAAAGUACCGUUGCCUGUGCACUGAGUCGGGAAUUACACUACAGAGGCCACCACACGUAUGUUCUUGAUGGUGACAACCUCAGACAUGGCCUUAAUCGAGAUCUAAGCUUCAAGGCAGAAGACCGUACAGAAAAUAUACGAAGAGUUGGAGAAGUGGCAAAGCUUUUUGCAGAUGCUGGUACCAUAUGCAUUGCUAGUUUGAUAUCUCCAUACAGGAGAGACCGUGAUGCAUGCCGAGCUCUACUUCCAGAUUCUAGAUUUAUUGAAGUAUUUAUGGAUUUGCCACUAGAAUUAUGUGAAGCUCGUGAUCCUAAAGGGUUAUACAAGCUUGCACGCACAGGAAAGAUUAAAGGGUUCACCGGAGUUGAUGAUCCAUACGAAUCACCAGUGAAUAGUGAGGCAUUAGCGCCUGAAAGUGUCAGUAUUGCCUUGGCCCAGCAUAUAGUAAUUAAGAUGGAAGGUGGGGAAUGCCCUUCACCGAAGGCAAUGGCCCAGCAAGUUCUGUCCUACCUUGAGAAGAACGGAUAUUUGCAGGCUUAGCAUAUAUAUACUCCAGAUCCAGAAGAUUGAACUUAUUCUUCUGUGUCCAUAACUCAUGGACACAGGCAUGAUCCAUUUGGUCGCAUCCGGAAUAAAAGGCGCUGUUAUUGAAGCAACAAGCUGCCUUUUUCACGGGGAAAGGGACGCAGAUCGAUGAUCAGUUUGAUUGUUCGGCAUUGCUCCUCUCGCGCGUGUUGUGCUAUUUUAGCUGUAGUCUAUACUUGCUCAUUUCGGCUGAAAUGGUGUGCUGUGCUGUGCUGUGUUUAUUUGUUGGUAAUGUAUGAUUUGAUUGUGGGUGUCAAAAGUACGAAUGAAUAAAUCGUGCUUGCGUUUUCCAA